UCCAAGCUUGAAGCUAAGCGAAGCCUCUCUCCCUCUCCCUCUCUCUCUCUCUCUCUCUCUCUCUAUACAGAUCUGGGAAGGGAUUGGGAAGCGCUAAUACAGAAGCAAGGAGGAGGCGGAAGAAGAAGUCGGAGUGGUGAAGGUGUUUGGGUCGAGAUCUGAGGAAGGUGAUAAUCGAUCGGUAGAAAUGUACCGGCCAAUCACCGGAGUUUCAGCUUGCAAAAGAGAUUCUGAGGCGGAGGACGCCGUUGUUGUCUGGGAGACGGAGCGGUAGCAGGGUGAGCGAAGAGACGGUUCGGUAUCAGGCGGAAUUCGAUGAAGCCUGAGAUCGCAAGAGGAGCAGAGCCGUCUCGAGUCUGGAGGUGAGAUAAAGGAGAUCAGAAACGCAAAGCGAAUUUGUCUUCUCUGAUUGCUUUUUUGUAGAUAUAAGCUGGAAUCUGUUUGCUUGAAGGAAGGAAGCUCCUGAGAGAGGAGUAAGAGAACUUCCGUCGAAUUUUGGGAAGAGAUUGGAAAAUUUUUGUAUAGAAAAUAUAGUUCGACUGGUCUGAAGAAAGGAAUAUAGAGAAGCGAUCGCGACGAGUAAAGAAAUAGAGAUCUGCUGAGAAAUUGAACUCGAUUUCGAAGAAUUCGAGUUAAUUUAUAUAUAUCUGUGACUGAUGGCGCCAAUACUGCUGAGCGACGCGCCGGCGCCGGAAUCUCAUGUGGCGACCAUCCCUGUCGCCGGGAAAUGUGUCGUAGCGGUGGAGCUGGAGGUUGCGGUAUGCGACUGCUGCGGAUUGCAGGAGGAAUGCACCCCUGAGUAUGUGGAGAUGGUGCGGGAGCGAUUCCACGGGAAGUGGAUCUGCGGGCUCUGCGCCGAGGCGGUGAAGGACGAGGUCUACAGAUCGAAUCGCUUGAUCGGCACGGAGGAAGCCUUGAACCUGCACAUGAAUUUCUGCAAGAAUUUCCGGUCGUCCGACCCGGCGACACACCUGAUUUCGGCUGUGAGGCAGCUUCUCCGGCGGAGCCUCGAGGGCCCGAGAACUCUGGGCUCCGCUCCAAGCAGCCCCGUCGCGAAGGGCGGGGUCCGCGCAUCCGCCCUGUCGCGCUCCGGGAGUUGCGUACCGACGUUCGCUCGGUGAUGCUGAAACAGAAGGGAAAAUAAAAGUUCUGCCGACGUUCAAUCCCAUAUUCAUCACUCUGUGUUUCAUCCAUUUAUUCUUCAGUAAAUUUUGCUUAACAGAGAGGCUGGGAGGGAAGAGACUCCAUACAAUAAAUCCUCAACCUUCGUGGCUGCUGCUUUUUCUUUUCUCUGUCAAAGUCUCCCCUCUCAACUCUCUGUCUCUGUCUCUCUCUGUCUCAAUCAUUGUUGGAAUUAUUGGAGGGCACCCUUGUAAAA